AUGAAAUCACAAAGAAUAAUUUCUCUAAAUCCUGGAAAAAAUUAUGAAAAGGUGGGCGAAGUUAAUAUUUCAACGCGCUCUGAAAUUGACACAAAAAUAUCUAAAGCACAUAAAGCUAAAUAUUAUUGGGCAAGCCUAGGCGUCAAAGGAAGACGUAUGUUGCUUGAACCACUCUAUCAAGAAUUCAUUAAUAAGCAAAAAGAAAUUCAAUCAUUAGCAUCUCAAGAAAUGGGUAUGCCCAUUUCCGUGAGUAAACUAAUUGAUAUAGAAGCAGGAUUACGAUACAUGCGCGGCUAUUUAGAUUUAGCUCCUGAAUGGCUUGCUCCCGAAACGGUUUUCGAAGAUAACCAUGAAACACAUCAACUACUCUUUGAACCUUUAGGUGUUGCAGGCAUUAGUAUUCCGUGGAAUUACCCGUUUUGUAAUUUCAUAUGGGGAGUAAUACAAAAUUUAAUUAUCGGUAAUACCGUAGUAUUUAAACAUUCAGAAGAAUGCCCGCUUACCGCUAAGCUUCUUGAGGAAAUAGUAAACUCAGUAGAAUUACCCGAAGGUGUAUUUAAUGCAAUCUAUGGAGACGGAUCAGAUGUAGGUAAUUACUUAAUGAGCAGUAAUCUCAAUUGCAUGUACUUUACCGGAAGUACACGUGUCGGAAAGCAUCUUUACCAAGUAGCUGCAAAGAGUUUUAUUCCUGCACUUUUAGAGCUGGGUGGAUCUGCAGCAGGAAUAGUUUUAGAAGAUGUUAAUAUUCAAGAAACGGUAAAAUUAAUUUAUGAGCACCGUUUUAUUAACAGUGGUCAAACAUGCGAUGGUUUAAAGCGAUUAAUUGUUCAUCGUAGUCGUUUUGAUGAAUUAGUAGAUACAUUAACACAUUUUUUAUCAACUAAAAAAAUAGGUAAUCCUCAAGAUACUGAUACCGAUAUGGGUCCAUUAGUAGCAGAGCGGCAGCUCGUUCUUCUUGAAGAGCAAGUGUAUGAUGCUUUAAAAAAAGGUGCCAAAAUAAUUACCGGUGGCAAACGAACUUCAGGCAUAAUAGGUGCUUAUUAUAAUCCUACCAUCUUAACUGAUAUUACUUUUGAUAUGCGAAUAUGGAAGGAAGAAGUUUUUGGACCCGUUCUUCCUAUUGUGCCUUAUGAUACUCAAGAAGAAGCAAUUGCAUUAGCAAAUGAUACUGAAUAUGGUUUAGGCGGUUACAUUUACACUACCAGCUUAGAACGAGCACUCCUUAUCAGCAAACUUCUGCAAACGGGAAACAUUAGUAUUAAUGGUGCUAAUUAUAAUAUGCCGCAAGAUUCUUUUGGUGGAUACAAAAAUUCUGGCCUCGGGUUUGAGCACGGUAAAGAAGGAUUACGAGAUCUGUGCUUGAAAAAAAUUAUAGCAUUUAAAAAAUAA